CCUCUAUAAUUAUUGCAUAAUCCUCUGUUACCUGACUUAACCAAUACAACCAGUUUACUGAAAUACCAAACAAAUGGAUAACUCAAGCCGUUAAAUUCUGCACUAAGUACACUCAACAGGAAAGAUAGCCACGAUACCGGUACACACACACACACAUACACGCAGGCUAGCACUAUGACGUUCCAUUCCCCACAGCGGUGUCUCGCGGAACACGGAAUGGCUCGACCAGUGGGAGAGGUUCUGGAGAAUCCCAAGGUGUUGCGUGGCCUGACGGAGAACCCUUCCUCCUUCAGGUUUCCUGACGGAGCGCUGGUCACGGUGGCGGCCGUCCAGUGGAGGCCUCACAUCAUCCUAAACACUGACGCCGAGGGCCGCUACGUCGUGACUGGACCCAUGGCUAAUAUACUCAAUGUUUUUGCUCAAACAAUGAACUUUACAUACAACGUGGUGUCACCACCAGACAGUGCGUGGGGUGCUGAGCUUCCUAAUGGUACCUGGACGGGAAUGAUGGGGCAAGUGACGCGAAAGGAGGCUGACAUCGCUCUCGGGCCUUUCGGAAUCACUUAUAACAGGGCACUGAGGGUGGACUUUACCGAAUCCCUAUUCUACGACCCUCGAGCAAUUCUGUCGAUGAAGGGCACCCCUGAAAUCAACCCGUGGGGUUUCCUGUUCCCGUUGACGGGGACAGUGUGGUAUGUGGUGGCGGCGGCCCUGGCGGUGGUGUGGCUGACCACAUUGUUGGUGGGACGCCGACCCGGAGAGUUGGUUUCCCUGAGAUGGACUGGGGAGGUGUUUCUGCAGAACGUGCGGGUCUUCCUUAACCAAGGCUUGACAGGCAUCGUGCUCGGACAAGGCGGGCUGAUGGUCCUGUUGUCGUGGGUAAUAGUGUCAGCCGUCGUGUUCUGGAGCUACAAUGGGGCGCUCAUCUCUCUGCUGGCGGUGCGCAACAUCCCUCAGCCCAUCCAGACUCUGCGGGACCUGCUCGACGACCACUCCAUCACUUUAGUAUUGCUUCCCAUGACUAUUCUCACGGACACUAUAUCGAAAAUGAAGUCCGGGGAGUUUCGAGAAUUGCACGAGUUGAAGUUUGUGGGUCGCAUCAGAUACGAGCCGCCCAAAGCCUUCAAAGGGCUGCUGGAAACCAAGGUGCGCACCGACCGCUACUCCCUGCAGUCCACCAGCCUCACGCUUGACCUCCUCAUAGCCGACGAUUUCCUCAAGACACAAAGCUGCGACUUUUAUAAGACAAGACAGACUUUCUUCACCACUUCCCAUUGCAUAAUAGGUCAGAAGGACAGCCCCCUCUUUGCGGCCAUCAACCACAGGGUGCGUGCUGUGGUGGAGUCUGGGCUGUAUCUGCACUGGCUGAUGAAGGAGAUCCCUGCCAUUACCAAUUGCCGCUACACACCCUCCAUCAUCACGGUCAAGGAGCCGCUGUCUUUCGCUAACCUCUGGGGGUUGUUCUUGGUGCUCGGGGUGGGGCUCCUGCUGGCAACACAAGUCUUCUUUUUGGAGAUGUGCUGUUCACCAAGGAAAAUAAACUCACCAUGAAAGCAUCGGGUAUGUGUAUCCUGCCCAAACAUGGACCACAAACGCCUGCACCCUCGCUACCCUACCUCGAGUGUUCAUUGAGUUUUCGGCCCAACAAAAGGAGGGGAGACUGGAGCCCGCCGCGGCUAAACACUUUCGUAUAUGCUCCAACAAAUAAUGCACUGCUGGAAUCCUCCCAACGUUUUGUAUUCAGUUCAACAGCGACUUUUGGUGAGUGAGGAUGGUGCCUUCCGGCAAAAUGAGUGAAGCUGAACAACGGGCAGUGAAAAAGUUUUCCGUGAUUCAAGGGAAAGCACCAAAGUUGAUUUAUGAGGAGUUGAGGACAACACUAUGGGACAGUGCCUAAUUCUAUUCCACUGUCAAACGUUGGGCUGCUUUCUUUCAACAAGGCCGAGACUCGUGUGAAGAUGGCCCCGAAGUGGUAGUCCAUCAACUGCAGUCACCAGGGAAACUGUGGCCAUGGUGGAAGGCAAGAUCAUGGAUAAUUGCCAAAUCUCAGUGCCAAUACAUUGCUUCUUAACUGGGGAUUAGUAAUGGAUUCGUUGUUACCAUCUUAUACGAUCACCUCAACCUUUCCAAGGUGUCUGCCUGAUGUGUCCCGAGAAUGCUGACGCCUUAGCAGAAGAGGAACUGGAUAAUGACUUCAUGUUGACCGUCAUAAGAGUGGACCCGUAGGAUUCAUGGCCCGAAUUGUAACCCAGAAUGAAACAUGUGGUUCCUCACUUCGAUCCGGAAACCAGAGCCAGAUCUAAGCAUUGGGAGCAUCCCUCUUUUCUGAUGUCACGAGGAUUUAAGGUCACGAAGUCAUUCCGGGAGCUCAUGAUGACUGUUCUGGGACCCUGAAGGGAUCCCCUUCAUGAACUUCUUAGAUCAUGGUUACUCCAUUAAUGGACCAUACUACGCUGAUCUACUGGGGGAAGCUUUGGGAGGCUCUGCUUGAGGAAUGCCGAGGGAAAGUGACUCGAGGUGUUCUUUUCGCGCAGGACAAUGGUCCUGCAAGAGCAUGGUGGCCAUGAACAAAGUGGUGUCCUGCAGCUUCGAAUUGUUGCCCCAUCUCUCUUAUUCCCGUGACCUGGCUUCCUUUGACUUCCGCCUUUUCCCACACAUGAAGAAGCAGCUGCAGAGUGUCUCUUUCGCUGAUGACGAGGAGACCAAGGAGAAGGUCAUGGAGGUUUUGAAGGAACUCAAUCCACCAUUCUCCAGGGAAAGAUUUUCGCAGUAGAAAAUGAGACUGGAGAAGUGCAUCACCGUCAAAGGCGAUUACGCUAGUAAAAAAAAAAAGUAAGUUGUGUGAACCUUUGGUCUAUUUUUACUCCUUCUGGGUUUGGCCGAGAACUCAUUGAUCACCCCUAGUAUCUCAUUUUUGCAUUAUCACACUGUUCACUCG